AUGGAGAACUCCUCGGCAGCAUCGGCCUCCUCUGAGGCAGGAAGCAGCCGCUCCCAGGAGAUCGAGGAGCUGGAGCGCUUCAUUGACAGCUACGUGCUGGAGUACCAGGUGCAGGGGCUGCUGACCGACAAGACAGAGGGUGACGGCGAGAGCCAGAGGACACAGUCCCAUAUCUCCCAGUGGACUGCUGACUGCAGAGAGCAGCUGGAUGGUAGCUGUUCCUUCUCCAGAGGGCGAGCCCCACCGCAGCAGAAUGGCAACAAAGACAACUCCCUGGACAUGCUGGGCACAGAUAUCUGGGCGGCCAACACCUUUGAUUCCUUCAGUGGUGCCACCUGGGACCUGCAGCCUGAAAAGCUGGAUUUCACCCAGUUUCAUCGGAAGGUCCGCCAUACACCCAAGCAGCCCCUACCGCACAUCGACAGAGAAGGGUGUGGAAAGGGGAAGCAGGAAGAUGGAGAUGGCAUCAGCCUGAACGACAUUGAGAAGGUCCUCCCGACCUGGCAGGGCUACCAUCCGAUGCCCCAUGAAGCAGAGAUUGCACAUACCAAGAAGUUGUUCCGAAGGAGGAGAAACGACCGAAGACGGCAGCAAAGACCUCCAGGAGGGAACAAGCCCCAGCAGCAUAGUGACCAUCAGCCAGGCAGUGCCAAACACAACAGGGACCACCAGAAAUCUUACCAGGGGGGCUCAGGGCCCCACCCCUCAGGGAGGUCCACACACCAUGGCUACAGCCAGAACCGACGCUGGCAUCAUGGCAACAUGAAGCAUCCGCCAGGAGACAAGGGAGAAGCGGGCAGCCACCGCAACGCCAAAGAGACCGUAACCGUUGAGAACCCCAAACUUGAAGAUGGCCCAGGGGACACCGGACACAGCAGCCUUGAGCCCCCCUGCAGCCCUGACACUCUGACCCCAACAGCUUCUGAGAGGCCAACCCCUCAGCCACCAGGGGGGCCAGAGGCUGAGACAAAGCAUAAAGACACUGUUCUUCCCGAGCGUCUCGGGGAGCGCCCCAAAAUCACCCUGCUCCAGUCUUCCAAAGACAGGCUGAGACGAAGGCUGAAAGAAAAGGACGAAGUCGCAGCAGAGACCAUCAGCCCUCAGCCAAACAAGAUGGACAGGUUGAUGGAGAUCCUGAACAGCAUGAGGAAUAACAGCAGCGAUGUGGACACCAAGCUCACCUCCUUCAUGGAGGAGGCACAGAACUCCACCAACUCUGAGGAGAUGCUGGGAGAGAUCGUACGGACCAUCUACCAGAAGGCGGUGUCAGACCGCAGCUUCGCCUUCACGGCCGCCAAGCUCUGCGACAAGAUGGCCCUUUUCAUGGUCGAGGGGACCAAGUUCCGGAGCCUGCUCCUCAACAUGCUCCAGAAGGACUUCACCGUGCGUGAGGAGCUGCAGCAGCAGGAUGUGGAGCGCUGGCUGGGCUUCAUCACCUUCCUGUGUGAGGUGUUCGGCACCAUGCGGAGCAGCACUGGCGAACCCUUCCGAGUGCUGGUGUGCCCCAUCUACACGUGCCUCAGGGAGCUCUUGCAGUCUCAGGAUGUGAAGGAAGACGCCGUCCUCUGCUGUUCCAUGGAGCUGCAAAGCACAGGCCGGCUGCUGGAGGAGCAGCUACCAGAGAUGAUGACAGAGCUCUUAGCCAGCGCGAGAGAUAAGAUGCUGUGCCCCUCAGAGUCCAUGCUAACCCGGUCCCUACUCCUGGAGGUCAUCGAGCUCCACGCCAACAGCUGGAACCCUCUGACGCCCCCCAUCACGCAGUACUACAACAGGACCAUCCAGAAACUCACAGCCUGAAAGUCAAGGGGGCCUGGCGGGCAGCCCGUGGGCAGCUGGGGCCCUGGUGCACAGGGCCAGAUGGACGCGCGAAAGGACAGGGGUGGCCCUGGCGGGAAAGAGAACUGAGCAGGGAGGCAGGUAGCAAUGGUGGCCAGUCUGGAGUCAGCAGAGGAAGGGAUUGGAUCCCUCAGAAGGGCUCCCUGUGCAGCACCCCCCCCCCAAGCCUGCAUGUGAGCAUGUGGCAGCUCACACCAAGGGAAGCAUGUCUCUUUGUCCUGGUGGUCACCCGCCCUUGCUCUCUUCUCCUCAGCUCUAGUCCUCCCCGCCCCCUACCUUUCAGCCCAUCCCCCAUAGAGCUUUAUGGGAGGAAUCUCUGCCUCUCCUCACUGUCUACAGCUGCCUCUCAGCCUCCCACACCUCUGUCCACCGCUUGGGUCAGCCAGGACUGCUGAAGGCUGAAAAAGUGGGUCGAGACGGCUCUCAUUGUUCCCACGUGCUGUCAGCCACGGUCGCCAACUGGCAGCAGGCAGCGUGCAGCAGAUGUCUGGGAGGACAAAGGCAGGCACGGUCCCCACCAGCCGCCCAUAAUUGAUGGCCUUUGUCAGCCCCAGCGGAGCUGGAGAGAGGCUUUUUUUUCUCCUCUAACCUCCGUGCCCCACCCUCCAACCCUCAGCCUCCAGCCCCAGGGCCCUCUGCUCCCCCAGGCAGAGAAAGGAGCCGGGGCUCACAGCUCAGCUUGAACCCUUUUAUUUUGUUUUUCAAAAGUCGGUUGCUUUGAAGUCUCUUUUCCUCAAUGAAAAUGCCCUAGAUUUUGUGAUCACAUAGUUAUCCCUCAAGGAUCCCCUGAUUAGUGGGAGAUCAAACCCUGGCCCCCUCUGGAAAGAAUCUCGCCACUAGCAGCUUGCCAGUAGCCAGCUAGUAAUUGGAAACUUCUGCCCCAAUAGGGGUCCCCACUGGAAUCCUGUGUUCCUGGGCCUCUGUCCUGCAGUGCCUCUGUUCUGUCCACUGCUAGCUUCCAAAGGGCUGAUACUGUCCCCUGGACUGACUGCCUUAGGACCUGCCCUGGCCCCUAUUAUGGCAAAUGGGGCCAGAAACAAGGCUGGCAAAUUAAAACCAAAUGCAGGUUUUGUUCCAAGCAACUGUUGGGGGAAAAAGCCCACUGCUGGCUCCACGGGUCUUGGAGCCUCCUUCAUGAUCCUUUCUUUGCCUCAGCCCAGGCAAGACCCACAAGCCCUACCUCCAAGGCUGCUGGGGAGAGGGGAAAUCGUUGGGUCCUGACUGGGACAGUUUGGUAGGCGACCAGGCAGACAGCCAAAUGAAGUUCUUCAGGCUAGAAACAAAGCUCCGGUUUCUUGGGAGGCUCUGGUCCCAGGGAACAACCACGUCUACAAUGACUAGGGAAGAGGACGAGGCUAGUCUUGCUGGGAUAACUGCUGGCUCCUCCGCCUCAUCUCUGGGACGCUGAAACCCACACUUUGAUGAUCCACCCCCUACCCCCCAGAACAACAUGUGUUCAAGCCCAGGGGCUUCCCAGUUCGCUCCUUUCACUGGACCUGGUCCUACCUAGACUGUGGUGGAGGCUCUUACAGUGGUUCUCAACCUAUGAUUGUGACCCCUGUGGAGAAUCAAACAACCCUUUCGCAAGGAUACAUAUCAGAUACCCCACGUAUCUGUUACGAUCCAUAACGUAGCAAUGUUACAAUUAUGAAGUAGCAACAAAAGUAAUUUUGUGGUUGGGGGUCACACCGCAUGAAGAAGAGCCAGAGUGUUAAAGGGUCACAGCAUCAGGAAGGUUGAGAACCACUGCUCUCUCCUCCUACUUGAAUUCAGGCUGUCUAGAGUGAAAAGGAAGGAUGCUUUCUCUUAGUGUCCCAAGUCUAGAAGAGUAGAAGGGGACUCAGGUGGGGAGGGAGAGUUCCUGAGUUCUCUUUGGCUGUCUCCAACUGAAGCGUUCAGGUUCCAAGAUGGGCCCUCUGAAGGGGGAUGCCAGGAAUAAGGUAUAGAGGUCAUGGUUACCCCAGUUUUGAUCUCUUUCCUUUUCCUCUCCUCCUUCCUCUUCUUCUUUUCUCUGCUUCUUGCUGCCUUGUCUCCCAUCCCAGCCCCUAGGCUGAGCCUGGAGCCCAGGGACACUAUAAGCCCCACAGGAGAUGAUGAGGAAGAGCAGGGCAGGUGGAAUGCACAGAGAAGACACCAGGGAAAUCAUGGUCAUGAAGAGUAAGGCAGCCCAGGCCCACAGGCACCUGCUCCCUGCAUCCUCAGGGAGCCACAGGUGUGCUUGCAUAGGCCUGCUUCCCAGGCGUCUUCUGUAGGGUGGUGUGAGUGUGUGUGCGUGUGUGCGUGUGCGUGUGUGUGUAUACACAUGUAUGUACGUUUGCAUUUGCUAAGAGUGAAGCAGGCCCAUGAGGAAGAAAGAGGCUGAUGGAGGGGACUCAAGCCGCAGUAGAGAGGUCCCCUAGACUCCUCAUUGGGCUCACAGAGUGGACUCCACACAGGGGCUCCCAAACACUGUAGAGGGGCUAGUGUCCCCUAAAGAGGCAGAGAGCAUGGUUUUGUGGGCACCGUGAGCCCAAUUCAGCUCCUUCUUAAUGUCCUAUUGGGGGAGGGGGUCUUGUCUCAAGAGCAUCCCCCCCCAGGGCCUUGAGGACCAGAAGAUGCAAGAUAUAAAUAUGUAUACAUAUAUAAAUAUAUUUUUAAUUCCA